UACUAGAAGAAUUAUUAAAUUUUCAAUAUCUUUACCGAUUUCAGGUAAGAUGAUAAAAAAUUUAGCUUUAUUGUAUAUAUUUUAUGUAUCCGUGUUAUUGAUAACUUAAUUUUCCUUCAUUUUUCCAGUUCUUUUUAUUCUGUUUCAAGUUCGUUGUUUCGUCGCUUAUGUCGUUUGAAUAUGGACUACAAGGAUUACAAAAGAAUUUUAUACACUGGUUUGAGUUUCUUCUCUUACCCACGUUAACCGUGAUUUACGUGAUAAUAGUAAUUGUUGUAUGCAUACGACUCGAAGCCUUUUUUAAACAAAUUAAGCGCACAAAAUAUCUUUGUAUCAAAGUUCUGUCUCGUGUUCAUAGAGGGCCUUUAAGACGAAAAGCUAUUAAAAUGUUAAAGAUGAUUAAAGAGAAACCUCCGCAACUAUCAGUUUAUGGCAUGUGGAAAAUGGAGACAUCUACUAUGAUUAGUAUGAUAAACUUGGUCACUACACUUAUGGUCACUCUCUUACAAUUUACUGUAUUGUAAAAAUAUAUUUUAUAAGUAGCAAAUUUUGGUCAUUAUGACGUGCGUGUGCUAUUUCAUGUGACAUUCAGUGGAUUGAAAUUAUUAGGUACACGAUUGCUUAUUUUUGUGUAAAAUAUGAAAUAAAAUAAAACUUCGAAAAAAUUA